AUGCAAUAUAGGAUAGAAAACAGCAAUGAUUUAGAUCGUAAGCUUGAACAGUUGUAUAUGGACUAUGUAGAGAUUGAGAAGAUAGUAAGCAGGCUGAAGGACAUCAAGAAGAGAUGCACAUACAGAAGCGAGUUUGCAAAGAUAGUGGCGAAAAGAAAGACUGGAAUCAGUGUUGAGAUGGAUUCUAGAGAUGAGGAAAGAUUCUGCAAGACUACGAAAGGAUGUAUGAGAUUCGAUCUUAACGAUGAUUUUUGGAAUGAGAUGUCUAAGAUGUUCAAUGCGCCAAGGAAUGAAUGCUUCAACAGAUGGAUUAACCGAGUUGAAGAUUAUAGCAAGAACUUGAGUAAGAAGGAUGCAGGAAUAAUUAACUCUUUGAUUCAGGAAAGAAACGAUUGGCUCGAGAUAUCUGCAAAGAUGCAUUGCAGGCCGUUUGAUGCAGUACGCCUGUACCUUGGUAUUAACACAGAUUCCAUGCCUAAAAUGUGGACGUCUGAAGAAGAUGGUUUACUUGAGAAGGGUGUUGAGAAGCACGGACUUUCGAAGUGGAGAUACGUAUCCAAGGUUGUGGGAACAAAGACCGGCAAGGAAUGUGCAAUGAGGUAUUACUUCCUGAACAAAAGUGUUAAGAAAGGUAAAUGGUCCGAUGACGAAAAGCUGAGGCUUGUGCAUGCGGUCGAUAUCUGUAGAGAAGGCGACUGGAGAUGCGUUAGCAACCAUGUUAUGACACGGAAUCCGAUUCAGUGUAGGUCAAAGUACAUUAAACUUAACAAAGAUGCACAGUCGCACACUCAAUAA